AAAUCUUCCCUUUUUCUCUCUUUCUCGUAUAAUUCGAUUAAGCUCUUGUUCGUCGGUAUCUGAAUUGUUAGGAUUAGAUCCUUGUCUGAUUAAGCGAUAUAUUGACAGAAUUUACAUCCAGAUCCCCAAGUUAGUUGGAAAAUUAAAUAUUCUGUCCUCUGGUCUCCGCUUGAGAUAUAAAAGAUUACUAUGGAAGAGCAGCAUCCGAGGAAGCGUUCUCGACAGCAUUUCGAAACGCAUCCGACGCCCACAACUGUUCUGGAAGCCCCUUUCCAUGGAAGAUCUAAGUGGUAUUUCAGCAAAGAAGAGAUUGAGCAUUUCUCUCCAUCUAGGAAGGAUGGAAUUGCCCUUGAGAAAGAAUCAUAUUUGCGGGCAUCGUAUUGCAGCUUUCUUCAAAGACUUGGGAUGCAGCUCUGUGUGUCUCAGGGUAUUAUAUCAUGCGCAAUGGUGUUGUGCCACCGGUUUUACAUGUGUCAGUCUCAUGCAAAAAAUGAUUGGCAGAUGGUUGCAACUGCAAGUCUCUUCCUGGCUUGCAAGGCCAAAGAUGAGCCAUGCCAACUUUCUGGUUUUGUUGUUGCAGCUUAUGAGAUAAUUUUCGAAUGGGAUCCUUCUGCCUCAAUGAGAAUCCAUCAAACAGAAAAUUACUAUGAGUUUAAAGAACUGAUCUUGGCUGCGGAGAGGCUUCUGCUGGACACAAUUGCUUUCGAUCUCGACAUUGAAUUGCCAUAUGAGCCUCUGGAUGCAGCUUUGAACAGGUUGAAUGUUUGGCCUGACGUCGCUACUGCUGCAUGGAAUUUCGUGAAUGAUUGGGUUCGUACAACUCUAUUGUUGCAGUACAAACCCCAUGUCAUUGCAACUGCCUCUGUGCACCUUGCUGCCAUGUUUCAAAGCUCCAGAAUAGGCAACAGGAGAGAUUGGUGGUCGGAGUUUGGCGUGACAACUAAGCAAUUAAGAGAGGUCAUCCACGAGAUGUGCAUACUACUGGAAUUGGAGAGACGACGUGCUUUCCCGCCUCCAAGCAGAGAGUUCGCUUGGCCUUUACCCCCGGCUGGAAAGCCAAUGCACACGGCUACAACUUACCCAUUUCAUCAUGGCCACCAUCUCCCGUCUCAUCGACAGCCUCGCAUCUGGUGAGCCAUCAAAGAAGAGCGUUUCUACUCAAGAACGAGUCAUACCGUAUGUUUUCUAAAGAAUGGCGAAAUAUUCCCGUGCCUGCAAAGAACGAUCAAUCAAAGAGACAGCAACCCGAGCCGAGACCUCUCUCCUAGGGUCUGUAGUAUAACGAUCAACAGGUAACUCAAGACAUGUAAAAGACUAAAAGAGUAGAUUUGGUUUGAUACGAAGAAGAGAUGGCAAACCCUCGUGAUAUAGAGAGGGUGGAAAGAGAAAUCAGAUCGAGCUCGGGGAACCUGAGGUAUGGCAUCGGUUCUUGCAUCAUCUUUGUGCUUUUAGGGUUUCCCUCGUGUUUUUCGCUAUACCUCAGGAAUUAAUAUCGCAGAUUUCCGUCGAGUUACUAUCACACAUGUUUCCGAUAUAUAUAUAUAUAUAUAUAUAUUAUAUACGUAGCAUAAUGAUUGUAUAUGUAUUAGUACGUGCUUUUUCAAUCUUACUACUGUCUCUCUUGUUUGUUAUUUUACGUUCUUUUGUCACAAAAACAUGUGUUGUUAAAUUUUAUUAUAUAUUAGAUAC